AAAAAACGGCCCGGAUCUUCAACACCUUGAUCUGAAUCGUCCAGCAUGGUCUUUGAAUGUCUGUAAACAGGAUAAUCCACGUAUCUCCAGUCGAUUAUUCAGGAACCGUCCGCUGCUAUACUCACGAACUUGAAGCGAUUCGAAGAAUCAGUCAAACAGAGGGAAAUUCCAACCGGGAAUUUUACCUCUGUCCGAAGAAUCCUGAAGACCGGUGCGAUUUUUUCUUUUGGGUUGACCAAUUAACAGCUGGAACUCCUCACCAACUUCCAGCCAUGUCGCAGAAUAACUCCUCGACACCGUCGCGAAUUCCCCAAGCUCCUCGCACUCCUUCAAAAAUGCGGAUGGAUGCGAUCCAAGAAGCCUUGGCAGAAAAGAAGCCCGAUUCUCGUGCGAAUGGGAGUAACCAAUUCACUACCCCUUCGUCAAACCUUCGAGCUCAGGCUGUCAAGACCCCAGGGCAGCUAAGGCGAGACGAGGAAAUUAACCGUGCUUUGGGCACCCCUACUCGUCAAAGUACACAACUUCAACGCAACGAUGCUAAUGUAUUCCAAUCUAGUCAACCACCGCCCGCGAACUUCAAACUUACACCUCUUUCCCAAGAGAGUAGCAUUCAUUCCGAUGAAGAUGAUCCAUUUGAUAAUCUUCCCUUGACUCCCCCUACAAGCCAGAGAUACAAGCGCUCCCGCGACCAAGAGUCAAAUGAAGAGUUUGAGCCUGAUUCUUUUCGCAGCAGUCCUUCCAGAAACAAAGGAAAGAAGAAGGCGAAUCUCGCACAUGAUUGGAUCACCCCGACUACUUCUACGAAAGAUGACACUGAUGUCUUCACCGCAUCAACCCAACUAGUCAGCAUCAUAGAAAGCUUGGAGGAGUUCAAAGGGCAGGUUUUGAAGCUCGAACGGCAAAUGAAGGCUCUCAGAAAGAGUAAUGAGGCGAAACUGGAAAAGAUUCGUGAUCUUGAGACCGACAAUGAUUCGUUGAAAUUGGAAAACGACCACUUACGAGGAAGAAUACGACAGCUGGAAAAUCAUUGACGUCAGGUCCCUUUUAGGAUAAGCACCAAAUCUUCUUUGUUUUCGACUAUGUUGCAUGUAUAAUGGCAAAUCGCCAAGCGUUAGAUUAUUUUCUAUUUGAAACGUCCUUGGAAACGCGAUCCUGACUAUCGAUAUCGGCCCCGACCUGCCCCGACACGUAGCUGAGUUUUACGUAUCCUCAUGCAGAACAUUGGC